AUGGACCCUGCUCAUAGGUCCACGAUCUCUGGACAGCCGCCAGAUAUGCCACCUAAAGAACGACUCAAGAAGCGCAACAACAUACAAUCAGGUGUUCUGCGCACCGAUGAGGAGGAAAGGGAGUACAAGAGAUCGCGUCUCUCUUCUCAUAUCAGUGGCUCUUCGAAAUAUGCCCGAGCUCCGCAGGACUACUACGAGCGAAGAACAACGAAUCCCAACAACCUUAUGAGCGGAGGCGAUCCUUACACGAUCUAUGGCUCCAUGGAUGAGAGUUCCCAACGCAACACACCAGUCGAGCCCCCAAGGCACAACCCUCAGCCUACCUCCCAAGAUCGCCAGAAGGUUCCCGAAAACAUCGUGGCAGGUUUGGGCAACUCGAUCCUUACUCGCCGGCCUUUCCAGGAAGAAAGUGAUUCGAGCGACAACAGUGGUCCCGAGGAAGCCGCUGUCCAAGAGGAAGACAAGUAUGAUACUCCACCUCUGUUCGUUUACAGCAGUGAGAGUACGGGCGUUUCGAAAACUGGACAGCAGCACAACUACAGAGAAGCAAGCAACACUCAUUCCGACGGUACAUCUCAUAUCUAUCAGCGCGAUCAACAAUCACUUCAACCUCCCUACCCUAUUCGACUUGAACCGGGACACUCGUACAACAGCUUACCUCGUCAACAGCCUGCACCCGCAUCGCUCCGCCAGCCUGACAGAGGACGGCAUCAAUCUCAACCGGCUCCAAGCCGUCAGCGUCGUUCUACUGUUUCAGAACAACACGGACAACAUGUGUCUCACCACAAGCCAGACANNGUACCCCUCACACGAAUUUCGAAGAACAUGAGAAGCACAGCCAGCGACGACAACACCACAGGCAGUCGCAGCCGGGAGCAGAAGAUACCCGGGAGACGACCCGGGNCACACCAUCGCGACGAAACGAUCCGGACACAACACGAUGUGAACAACACUCACACUAACGCGCUCAAUUCUNCCAGCAAUUGCGUCGAGUCAGAAACGUGUAAACAAGCACUCGCAGCCCCGGGAUUGGAGCAAACCCCUGUGCCUGCUACUCGUCCUAAGCGCUCCUCCAUACCAGAUGGCUUCAAACACCACAAGGACAUACUGAGUACAGUCAAACCUCGCAAGAAUCGUACCGACAAGCCGCAACCUCGUCAAUUUCAAGAAGACAUUGACUACCCGCCGCCAGACCCAAGUCUCUACACCCAAACCACUAACAUUGCUCAGCCUGCAGGACCGCACUUUGUUUCUCCUCUGGAUUUGAUUCAGGAUUCUGUGCAACAUCAUGAUUCUCCACCAGCUGUACCGUCGGUUUCUAUGCAAUCCAGCUCCGUUCAAGAACCGGUCAGCAGAAUGCCCAGAGAGCAGUUGAUGUAUUUCAAGCCUAAUGACUUGGAUAAUCGAGUCUGGGAAUACAUGCACAGAAAAGAGCAGCCGAAGAACUGGGCUGAGGUGGUGGAGAUUCUCAUGCUUACGCAGACACCUUAUGAGCUUGAAACUCUCAAGGCCAGACAGAGACUCUACAAUGCAAAACUUGCUCUGAAGCAACAAGAGAGACUUGCGGUACCAGCAAAAUCACGGCCUAUGCAAGGCGUUGUACCUUUUGAACAUGAGUACCAUCAGAGACCUGCAGCACCAACCGCCAGUAGACUCGCUCCACCAGCUUCGACAGUGGCGCAAACUACACCAGUUCCAGUCAUCCCAACUCCUCCUGUCAGACUCCCAGAAGCGAAACGACUCGCUGAUCAACUAGAGCAAGAAAGACUUGUCUGGGCGACAAAGGAAGCCGCCUGGACGACCAGAGAAGCAAAGUUACAACAGCGCAUCAAGACUUUCGAAGAAGAAUCAGCUGCCAAAACCAGCGAGCGUAUUGAACACGAAAAGCAACUCAAACUCAAGGCCGAAGUGGAGGAAAAGUACCAAAUAUUGAAGGCACAGGCUCAGACUCAAAAGGAGAGCUUAAGGGACGAAAAAGCUCUGCGUAUCAAGGCUGAAAGUGAUUUGAAGGCUGUUCAGUCUGAUGUUCACAGACACACUCUUGCUCAAGCCGGUGCUGCAAGAAAGACUGAGGCCACCACUUUGGGAAAAGUUGGCAAAGCUACCGGCGGUGGCUUUACGUUCUCAAAAGACGGUGAGGACGAAUAUGGGGCCGAUGACGAUGCAAACGACCAAGGGGGAAAGAAGACGUCCUCCAAGCGCAGAAAAUUCCGAAAAUCAAACGAUCUCAGCGAUCUCAGAGAAGACGGUCAUCCACACACCGGAGGCAAAUCCCUACCACCGGCUGCCAUCCAAGCACUCUACAAACACCUCAACAACUGCAAAGACGAAGAGGAAGCUAAAGAGCAGCCAGAGACUAUUCAAGAAGAAGACCUUACUUACUUUGUCUACACCGUUUGCCGCAAACAGUGGCUCAUCUCUGAACAAGAACCAGAGAACGACACCGCCAUCGUCUGCGGCGACUACACUUACCUCAACGCCGCCAACGCCGCCGUCACAAACGAAAUCUUGCGUCCUCAUGGCACUUCUUCAACCGUCAAGAUUGAUCCCGAGGGACAAAGAAGCCUGCAUCAAGGCAUGGGCGAGCACAAAAUGGCUUGGGCUCAACUCGACGUCCCUCAAGGCCACGUCAGAGUCUGGGUGCAGAGACAACUGCACACUGAAUUCGUGGGCGAGCUGCCACUAUUCGAGGACAAAGGUAUACUUUCCAAGACUGUAUUUGCAGUCAGACAGCAAACCUCUGUUGCUGCAUCUACUUCAACUGCAGAAACUGCUUUCUCCACUCCUGCCACAACCAUCGAAGAAGAUGACGAAAUCUACACCACAUUCGACCUAGCGAACAUUAAAGCCAACGAAAAAGUAUUCAGACUGCUCUGGCCAGAAGAAACCCAAUCCUCACGCAUCGAUGCCGUAAAAGCCAGAGAAGAAGCAAGAAAACGGCGAAAGCAAAGAUUGGAAGAUCUGGAAGAUCAUGGUCAAUUAUUCACCGAAGAGAUCAACCAUGAAGAUGGAAGUUGCACUAAAGUUCGGGUCAUACAGAAGAUGGUUGUUGGACCCAGAAAUUGA